AUGAAGAGCGUCCGACGGCCACACAACAAGUCCCGAUGGGGCUGCCAUGCGUGCAAGCAGCGGCACAUCAAGCGUUGCAGGCCGGCCGUGUUCAUUUACGAGCAGUGUGCCGUCAGUGCCGUCGGUGCCGUCGAGAACAGCAACAGCAACAGCAGCCUCGUCGCGUCGUCCGUCUCCUCUUCCGCCGGCAGCAGAGUCUACGUCACCACAGCGAGUCCUACGGCUGUAUCCCCGCCCAGCGGCAACGACGGUCCGUCCAUCCCGCCCGCCAACAUGGUCGAGCUGGAGCUGAUGCACAACAUCUACACGAGCGACCUGAACCUGAUGCCGCGGCUGUCGAGCGCCACGUUCCACCGCCUGGUGCUGAACCUGGCGCCCAAGACGCCCUUCCUGAUGAACGAGCUGCUCGCGUUCUCGUCGCGCCACCUCGCCGAGACGCGGCCGGCCCAGGCGGCGUACUACCAGCACCAGGCGCUGCAGUACCAGACGCACGCGCUGCGCAUCUACAACGAGCAGCGGCACGCGGCGCUCACGUCGCCCGACAGCUGCCUGGCCGUCUUCUUCUUCAGCUGGCUCAUCGGCCAGCACAUGUUGAGCGACGUGCGCGCAGCGGGCGAGACGGCAGGGGUCAGCCGCGGGACCCACGGGACCCACGGGACCGGCGACACGGCCCACAGAGACACGCUCGACCGGUUCAUUGCGUACAUGCACACCUACCGCGGGCUGCGCGCCGUCACGUCGACCACCUUUGAAGUGAUUAUGCAGACGGACAUGGCCGACCUGAUCCAGGACGUCAUCCGGCGGCUGGCCUUUCUGAGCGACGGCCCGGAGACGGCGCCGCUGCGGGACGCCGUGCGCGCCGCGCUCGCUGCGGACGGCACCAGCUCGACCAGCUCGACCAGCUCGGAGCGCGAGCGCCGCGGGUUCGACGCGGCCAUUGCGCGCUUGCAGUGGGCCAUUGACGCGCGCAACGACACCCGCCGCCCGGUGGCCAGCCGCAAGGAAGACCUCGUCAUGGCCAUCUCCAUGUGGCCGCUGGUCCUCGGCCGGCGCGUGUUUGCGCGCAUCGUCGACAAGAUGCCGGCCGCGCUGGCCGUGCUGGCCCAUUUCGCGGUGCUGCUGUUCUGGUGCCGCGACAUCUGGAUCUUUGGCGACGUGGGCGCGCUGCUGCUCGAGGACAUUGUGCGGACGAUGCCGGCGGCAUGGCAGGGGCUGCUCGCAUGGCCACUGGCGAUGAUCCAGGGCGCAAGGGACGGGCAGCAAGGCCGAGAUCGUCACGGUGGCCACGGCGGGGACGACGACGGAGGCCACGAAAGCGUAAGAUGA